AAUGUUUAUGGUGACACCCUUCCAACGGGAAUUUAAGAUCACUUUCGAUUUCAACCGAACCGCUCAUUAAUAUUUUGAUAUGUAACGAUUACGACAUAGUUGCGUUACAUUACGCUUUAACCAAAACUCGCUUUGCAGCUGCUUUUGUUAUUGAUUUUACCCACUUUCUCUUCUCCAGUGCAGUGCCACAAACCGUUAUUGGCUCCAAAGCAAAUUAAGAGAAAUUUUUUUAUACUUCGACAAUGUUUUGCAUUUAUUACUUCAUAAACAGCCAACGAAAGUAUUGUAUAUUAAAAAGAAAACUUUCCUGAUAACAAAGUCACAAAUAUGUCAGCCAAAGCCAUUUCCGAAGCCACUGGCAAAGAUAUAUUGAAUCGUUUUUUGAACGUGAAUGGAGCAUCUGGAGCAGCACAAUGUCGUUUCGCAACAGUCAACACAGAAACGGAUUGGUCACAGUUGACCGUAAAAAAUCCUUGGCUUUUGGAUACUCCACUAGUUGUGAAACCGGAUCAAUUGAUAAAGCGCCGUGGCAAAUUGGGUUUAAUCGGUGUUAAGAAAAAUUACGAGCAAGUCAAAGAAUGGAUUGGUGAACGUAUUAAUAAGGAUCAAAAAAUUGGUAAUGCUGUGGGCAAACUACGUAACUUCAUAAUUGAACCUUUUCUGCCGCACGAUGAGUCCGAAGAGAUGUAUGUCUGCAUUUAUUCGCACCGCAGCGCUGACACUAUUCUCUUCUACCAUCAAGGUGGUGUUGAUAUCGGUGAUGUUGACGCGAAAGCCCUGAAACUGGAUGUGUUGGUUAACAAAGAAACGUCCGUUGAGGAAAUCACCACAAAAUUGUUGGUUCACGUCGCUGACGUGGCCACAAAGAAACGUAUCGCUACUUUUAUAUACGCACUGUACAGAGCUUAUGUUGAUCUUUACUUUACCUAUUUGGAAAUCAAUCCUUUGGUCGUGACUAAAACCAGUAUGUACAUUUUGGAUUUGGCCGCCAAAUUAGACUCAACGGCCGAUUUCAUAUGCCGCCCAAAAUGGGGUGAUGUUGAGUAUCCACCACCAUUCGGACGUGAUGCUUAUCCCGAAGAGGCAUAUAUAUCCGAUUUGGAUGCCAAGAGUGGCGCUUCAUUGAAGCUGACAAUAUUGAAUCGUAAUGGUCGUAUUUGGACUAUGGUAGCAGGUGGUGGCGCCAGUGUUAUUUACUCAGAUACAAUUUGUGAUUUGGGCGGCGCUUCUGAGUUGGCCAACUAUGGUGAAUACAGUGGUGCACCUUCUGAGCAACAAACAUAUGAAUAUGCCAAGACAAUCUUGACACUUAUGACAUCAUCACCCAAACAUCCCGAAGGCAAAGUGCUGAUCACUGGUGGUGGUAUUGCCAAUUUUACAAAUGUUGCUGCAACCUUCCGUGGUAUAAUAACGGCCCUGCGAGAAUUCCAACCUAAGCUGGUCGAACACAAUGUGUCGAUUUUCGUGCGUCGUGCCGGCCCCAAUUAUCAAGAAGGCUUGCGCAAGAUGCGCGAAUUCGGCUCCACACUUGGCAUUCCAUUGCAUGUGUUUGGUCCAGAGACACAUAUGACGGCGAUUUGUGGUAUGGCGUUGGGUAAACGACCCAUUCCACAAACUACCGCAGCGGAAUUCUCCACGGCCAAUUUUCUACUACCCGGCGGUCAGCAAGCACAAGCGGAGUUGAAGACGUCAGAGACUGCAGUGAGCAAUAAUGGCGGUAUAGGUUCAUCACCACAAUCGAUUAAACUACCACCUAUUUCGGCAGAUGACUCUUUCGCAAAUGAUUCUGUGCCAAACAAUGCUGUAAAUGCGCAUACGCGCAGAUUUUUCAGCGACAAAACGAAAGCUAUCGUCUGGGGUAUGCAGCAACGCGCUGUGCAAUCGAUGCUCGAUUUCGACUUCAUUUGCAGACGUGAUGAACCGUCCGUUGUCGCUAUGGUAUAUCCCUUUACAGGUGAUCAUAAGCAAAAGUACUACUGGGGCCACAAAGAGAUUCUUAUUCCAGUUUAUAAGAAAAUGUCCGAUGCUGUUAAGAAUCACAAAGAUGUUGACGUAAUGGUGAAUUUCGCCUCAUUGCGUUCGGCUUAUGACUCCACAUUGGAGGUGUUGGAAUUCCCACAAAUACGUACCGUAGCCAUCAUUGCUGAGGGUAUACCAGAAAAUAUGACACGUAAAUUAAUUGUGGCUGCCGACAAGAAAGGCGUUUCCAUUAUUGGACCCGCUACUGUGGGUGGUGUUAAGCCUGGUUGCUUCAAAAUCGGCAACACCGGUGGUAUGUUGGACAACAUUUUGCACUCAAAACUCUACCGUCCCGGCAGUGUGGCGUAUGUGUCUCGUUCCGGCGGUAUGUCCAACGAAUUGAACAAUAUUGUUUCGAAAGCCACCGAUGGUGUGCUCGAAGGCAUUGCAAUUGGUGGCGAUCGCUACCCGGGCUCCACAUUUAUGGAUCACAUCUUACGCUAUCAGGCCGAUCCAGAGGCUAAGCUGAUCGUGUUGUUGGGUGAGGUGGGCGGCACCGAGGAGUAUGAGGUGUGCGCUGCGCUCAAGGACGGACGCAUAAACAAACCUCUGGUUGCAUGGUGUAUCGGCACUUGUGCUAGUAUGUUCACUUCUGAGGUACAAUUUGGUCAUGCAGGUUCAUGUGCAAACUCAGAUCGCGAGACUGCAUCCGCUAAAAACAAGGCAUUGCGUGAGGCUGGUGCCUAUGUGCCCGACUCUUUCGACUCGUUGGGUGAUCUGAUUCAGCAAGUAUACGCCGAAUUGGUGAAAUCGGGACGUAUCGUUCCUAAAGAGGAAGUACCACCACCAACAGUGCCAAUGGAUUACUCGUGGGCACGUGAAUUGGGAUUAAUUCGUAAGCCUGCCUCCUUUAUGACAUCCAUCUGCGAUGAACGUGGCCAAGAAUUGUUAUACGCCGGCAUGCCCAUUAGUGAAGUGCUCAAUAAGGACGUGGGUAUCGGAGGUGUUGUAUCGCUAUUGUGGUUCCAACGUUGUCUACCACCAUACGUUUGUAAAUUCUUCGAAAUGUGCCUAAUGGUGACUGCUGAUCAUGGACCCGCUGUUUCGGGUGCGCACAACACUAUUGUUUGCGCACGUGCUGGCAAAGACUUGGUAUCUUCAGUAGUCAGUGGCUUGUUAACAAUUGGUGAUCGUUUCGGUGGAGCUCUUGAUGGCUCUGCACGACAAUUUUCUGAGGCUUAUGACUCGAAUUUACAUCCCAUAGAAUUUGUCAAUCAAAUGCGUAAAGAUGGAAAACUGAUUAUGGGUAUUGGUCAUCGUGUCAAAUCCAUAAACAAUCCCGAUGUGCGUGUUAAAAUCAUCAAAGAAUUUGUUUUGGAGAAUUUCCCAUCAGCACCACUACUGCGAUAUGCGCUGGAAGUUGAGAAAAUUACCACAAACAAGAAGCCAAACUUGAUUUUGAAUGUGGAUGGUGUUAUUGCCACCAGUUUUGUGGAUAUGUUGCGCAAUUGUGGUUCGUUUACGAGUGAGGAAGCGCAGGAAUACAUCAACAUCGGUGCAAUUAACUCUCUAUUCGUGCUCGGUCGCAGUAUCGGCUUCAUCGGUCACUACAUGGACCAGAAGCGUCUGAAGCAGGGUCUAUAUCGUCAUCCUUGGGAUGAUAUCUCUUACGUUAUGCCCGAGCAAUUCAAUUAAAUCACUUAGUCGUUUGAGAUUUAGUUGAAUGAUCUAUAACACAUAUUCAAAAGUAAUCGCUUUAUAAUUGUGAACUUAAAUUAUAAUUAUCCCACAUUAAAAGAAAGCUUAAGUACCUUAAUAUGUAUAAAAGCAUAUUUCGUACAUGUGUAUGUACAUACUUAAAAAUAUGUAUAUAGUUAUAUCAACAACACAUGCGUGGUGGGAAUAUGCAUUGCAAUUAUAAUCUCAUUUAUAAACACACAUACACACUCCACUAAGUUUAACUUAAAGUUGUUAACAUUUAAUGAAGAUUAGUAAAGGCAAAAAAAAAUUUACAAUCCAUAUUGAAACUGUUUUAGGUUUAGCAUCUUUCAAGUGCAUUUUUUCUACGUUUUCUUCAUUAAUUUGUGACUUGAUUAAAAAUACUUUCCACACCUGGUUAUAACCCUUUUUUAUAAUUAAUAUACUUAUAAUUAGGUUCAUAUAUGAAGAAGUAUCGGUAUAACACCAUAGAUGUGUGACAUGUAAAUUUGUUUGGAACUUUUGGUAUCAUUGUUUCAGAUUAUAAAAUAAUUUUAUAAACAAGAAAUGAAAUUGUGUAAACCACAAAAUAAUAAAUAAAUAAAUAAUUUGUUUAGGUUAAAUAAAAGCAAUGAAAAUGACUUAUUGUAAAUUAAUUAAAUAUGCUUAUUGAAUUAUUAUAUCCAAAGUGGUAUUUAUUGAACCAACUGUUGUAUAUCAUAAAAUACAUAUGUUAUACGAACUAUUGAAUGUAUGUAUGUAUUGAAUGCACCAUGCACUUGUUAAAGUUAUGUAUUUUUGUAUUCUCAUUAAAUGUUAUGAGAUGAAAUUUAUCCAGAUUGGCGACAGCUGCAAUACGAAGGUCAAAUAAUUAGUCAAAAGAGGAACGUAUAACGUUAUUUCGAUGUGGUAUUGCAGCAACGCUCGCGGGUGUAAACAAAAUUGGUUCCUUUGCACUGAAUUUAUGCACGUGGUUUUUUAAUAAAAGAAAAUAUUGCUAUUCAAAAUGAAUGGAAGCUAAUAUAUAAAAAUUCAUUUAGAAAUAAAUAUGGAGAUUUGGGCGUAAAUAUACGUAAUUAAUAAUAUCGAUCGUAUUUAUAACAAA